AUGAAAUUACUAAGCAUACCUCUCAUUCCUGAUCUUGACCUAGAGUUUAUCAUCGCCUUUGAUGAGUGUCAACUUGUGAAGGCUGAUUUCAUUAAGCGGAGAGGAAACUUAAACAAAGGACCAAUGCACAGCAAUUCCCAAGGAGUCGAUUUAGGCAUCUUCGGCGGAAUGAUUUCCGAGAAAAAACUUAGUCAUUUAUCUGAACAUUUUGGCAAUCAAUCAAGGGGACUUCAAAAAGUAACACACCGCCUUUCCGAUAUUUUUCGAGGUGGUGAGUCACGUGGAAUUGGCGAUGGUCGAGAGUUUGCCAGCGCGCAUACAUACAAUUCACGUUUUCUCACCUAA